GUUUGGCUUUGAAGAGGAGCUGGCACCAGUGGUUUAGUGUGCUGUGGGAGCAGCUGCUACUGCAGGGAGAGGAGGAGCUAAGAGUUUUGGCGAGCUGGGGAACCACGACAUGAAGGCAGUGACCUAUGAUGAUGUGCAUAUCAGCUUCACUCGGGAAGAGUGGAAUUUGCUGGAUCCUUCCCAGAAGACUCUCUACAAAGAUGUGAUGCUGGAGACCUACAGGAACCUCGCCACUGUAGGAUACAUUUGGGAAGACCAUAAUUUUGAAGAACAUUGUCAAAUUUCUAGAAGACAUGAAAGGCAUGAAAGAAAUCAAACUGGAGAGAAACUUUCAGUAUAUACUCAAUAUGUUAAAGCCUUUGUGUAUGACAGUUACCUUCAAAGGAGUGAAAGAACACAUACUGAAGAGCAACCCUAUGAAAUUAAUCAGUGUGGUAAAGCUUUUGCUUAUCUCAGUCAUCUUCAGAUGCAUAAAAGAACAUAUGUUAGACUGAAAUCUUAUGAAUGUAAUCAGUGUGGUAAGACCUUUGCACGUCAUAGUCAUCUUCAAAUGCAUGAAAGAACACAUACUGGAGAGAAACCCUACGAAUGCAAUCAAUGUGAUAAAGCCUUCGCUCUUUAUGAAAAUCUUCAAAGACAUAAAAGAACGCAUACUGGAGAGAAACCCUAUGAAUGUAAACAGUGUGGUAAGGCCUUUGCUCAUCACAGUAAUCUUCAAAUGCAUAAAAGAACACACACUGGAGAGAAAUCCUAUGAAUGUAAUCAGUGUGGUAAAGCCUUGGCUCAUCACAGUACUCUUCAAAUACAUAAAAGAAUUCAUACUGGAGAGAAACCCUAUGCAUGCAAUCAGUGCAGUAAAACCUUUGCUUGUCAAAGUACUCUUCAAAAGCAUAAAAGAACACAUACUGGAGAGAAACCCUAUGGAUGUAAUCAGUGUGGUAAGGCCUUUGUAUGUCACAAUCAUCUUCAAAUGCAUGAAAGAACACAUACUGGAGAGAAACCUUAUGAAUGUAAUGACUGUGGGAAACCUUUUGCAUGUCAAAGUGGUCUUCAAAAGCAUAAAAGAACACAUACUGGUGAGAAACCCUAUGAAUGUAAUCAUUGUGGUAAGGCCUUUGCUCAUCACAAUACACUUCAGAUGCAUAAAAGAACACAUAGUGGAGAGAAACCCUAUGAAUGUAAUCAGUGUGGUAAAACCUUUGCAUAUCAAAGUAGUCUUCAGAAGCAUAAAAGAACACAUACUGGAGAGAAACCCUAUGAAUGUAAUCAGUGUGGUAAAGCUUUUGCACAUUAUAGUACUCUUCAAAUGCAUAAAAGAACACAUACUGGAGAGAAACCCUAUGAAUGUGUUCAGUGUGGUAAGGCCUUUGCUCGUCACAGUCAUCUUCAAAUGCAUGAAAGAACACAUACUGGAGAGAAACCCUAUGAAUGUGUUCAGUGUGGUAAAUUGUUUUCACAACUCAGUAAUCUUCAAAUGCAUAAAAGAACACAUACUGGAGAGAAGCCCUAUAAAUGUAAUCAGUGUGGUAAAGCAUUUGCUCAUCACAAUACUCUUCAAACACAUAAAAAAACACAUACAGGAGAGAAACUGCAUGCAUGUAAUCUGUGAGGUAAAGCAUUUGCAUGUCUCUGUCAUCUUCAAAUGCAUAAAAGAACACAUACUGGAGAGAAACCCAAUAAGUGGAAUCAAUGUGGUAAAGCCUUUAUGUGUCAUAAUAAUCUCCAAAUACAUUAAAUAAACCAUUCUAGAGAGAAACUCUAUGAAUUUAGUCACUGUAGUCUUCAAAAACAUGAAAAAGUCAUACUGGAAUGAAACUCUAUAAAUGAUUUCAGUAUGGUAAUGUUUUUCACUAUAUAGGAGUAAAACUUUAUGUGUGCAAUCCAUCUGAUAAAGCUUUAGUAUGUUACAGUAGUCUUUGCAUACCUGAAAAAGAUACUGAGGAUUUUUGUUAUAAAUUAUUUUUUUAAGAUUUUUAGCAAACAUGCAGUCAGUUAGCCAACACCAUUUAUUCUGUAGAAAAAAAGAAUUGACAGUGUCAACAAUCUAUUCAAGCUUUAUGAUAUUCAUUUUUAUUUUGUUUGUACCAGCAAUCUAAUGGACAAAACUGAAUUCAUGAAUUUAUGAAGCCUUAUGGGUAGAAUAGAGGGCCAGUCAAAGAAACACACCCCGGUCCUGAAACCAGAGCCAAAGGAAUACACUUUGUCCCUAAAUCUAUGACCAGGGAAAGAAACAUUAUCACUGUGAAAACAGAGCCAAAAAUUUUAAAAGGGCAGGGGAAAGAAACACACUUUGACUAGAGCUAAAUAAACAUACUUUACCCUUGACCAAAUGUGCAUCAAAAAUUAACCAAUCCCUGAGUGUAAAAUCUAGCCCAUCUCUCAGCUUGUUCCAGCUCAGGAUUGAAAUCUGAGCAAUUCCCACCCUCAAAAUCUCCUUAGAAAACCUCUGGCUCUAAGAAGCUCUAUAUAAACUGUGUGCUCUUUCAGUUAGCUGCUGCCCCUUUCAACCCUGGCAGAGACAGCCACUCUCCUGGAUUCCUCCUUCCCAAAUAAAUCUCAUGACUGAGUUUUGUGUGAAGACCUUCUUUCACUGGAAUGAAUCAGAAACUCCCUUGCUCUGUGUGAAAACUCACUUAGCAUAAGAACAGAGAAGCAAUGAACAUCUCUUAUGGGAUACUCCUUUAGUGGAGUGGAGCAGACCAGCAACAGAAAUCUCUGCUGGACUGCUCUUAGAAUUAUGGAGCAGAGCCCAGCUGUAGUGGCUUUCUCUCUCAGAGAGGAACAAGAUUGCUAGAUGUAGGGGGGAGACCUUCCCCCACUGCAACACAAAUCCAGGUAUAUUCUGAAUUCCUGGCAGUCAGGAUUCCUUUCUCCUUACAGUUAUAGGUCUCCUGGAUAGCUUCCCUUCACAACUGCAGGUAUUGCCUGACUCCGGACAGUCAGGGUACCUUUCCUUCCAGAACUGUAACACUUGCACUAUGAAUUUAAAUGUUAAUGUAACCCUUUUAGAUUUUACACUUCUCCAUAGUUGCAUGGAAUAACUAAUUCAGACGUAAAACUUGAUGGAUAUGUACUCACUCCUUUUCUUUUGUGGUGUAAUAUCUAUGUCAACUUAUAAAAUCAUUUAAUUUGGCCCUGGGUUCCAGAAGCAUACAGGAUCACCAUGAAAGUGCUAUGGCAUCAAGUGUCAGACUUAGCAGCUAAAGCAGGAAUUUAGAAACUUACAUCAUAAACUGCCGCAUGAUGCAGAGAGUGGGAACUGGAGCUGGUGUAUGGAUGUAAAUUCUCAUAGCCUACCCUCAGUGACAUAUUUCCUCCAGCAAGGCAGCAUUUCCUAAAUCUUCCCAAAUGAUUCCACCAACUUAGAAAGGUUAAUUUCUCCUAUUUCAAGCCUAGUUAUUUUCUUUCAGUUUAUAUGAUCAAAUUCAUGAUGAAAAACUAUAAGCCAUAAAAUGUCUCAUCUCCUCUUUUACACUCAUGAAUGCUUAAGGAGAAAAAUCUUCAUGAGUGAAAAAUUGUUUAUAGCGUUUUAAUUGUAAUUGUGUGAUGUGUGUGUUUGUGUGGGUAUGUAAAUGUGCAUUCUGUAUCCUGACAUAGUUAAUCCCUUUGAUCUUUUUGUAGCAGGAAUUAUAGGAAGUUGUCAACAAUCUGUUCUUGGUCCUGGGAAUGAGAAUUCUUUUAGUCACCCAGCCAUGUCUCUGUGUGCUGUAAAUAUUUUAAAGUCUAUAUCAUUUUGAAGUCUGGCUAUAGAUGGCUAUAGAAACCAACUCAUAAAGAAAAACCCUAUUUAUGAAAACAGUGUGCUAAUGGCUUUAGACAUCACAGUUUUCUUCAGCUUCAAGAAAAUUUAUUUUUCAUCAUUGCCUUGAAGGAAGUAAAUUACAUUCCAUUUUCACUCAAGAUUGAUGUUGGAAAUCAUUGCAUUUUGAUUUCUAUUUUGAAACAUUUGAGGUAGGUACUAAAUUGUGCUAUAUGUAUGGCAAAUCAAUUUAGUGAAGUUUAGUUUGUAGCAUUCCUUCUAUGGCUUUUGUUCAUCUUCUAUUGUGCCUUUACCUAAAGAUAGGUAUUUUUCUGCUGUAACCUGUAAGAAUGGUGUCCCCAUCAUCCUAGUGUCCCAUUGGUUAUUGAAAUAUCAGACCAUGUGUGAUUAUACUUUUCAAAGAAGUGUGUCUGAAAGGAUGGUCCAUUGUUGUUCCUGGUUUUGUCUUUCAUAUUUUCACAAAUUCCCUUGAGUUUUAUUGUUUGAUAUUCAUCCUGGCUUGGAUAUCAGCAAUGAUUCAGGGAUCCAUUUGAACUCAUGGUGCUCAUGUGUUUGCUACCUGAGUAAAAAUCCAAGGGUAGAUGAUGAACUCCCAUUGUGUGGUAUUUUGUCAAUACAAUUUAACAAUGUUAAUGUUAAAAUAUUUCAUAGAAGAGCUUAUAAGAAACAUUAAAUACCUCAUGUGUGUAUUCACAAAAGUAUUUUCAUUUAUCUGGUAUAGACUAAAUAAAAUAGUAUAAUCCGCAACCAACUGUUUAUCUGAUACCAUAGCUUGAUGUUCUAUAGGAAUUGAGGUUGGGUUUCUAGCCUUGCACACAACAGUUCUUUCCAAAUGAGCCGUUUUACUGGUGCUCAAAUUCAAUUAGAAGAAAUAUUACAACAGUAAACUCUUGUCUUUUCAGAUUGUAAACAUAAUUUUAUACAAGGAUAGAGGAAUUCAGGACAGUUUGAAUAAUAAAUCCUCUGUUAAAUGGUUGAAAAUAUUAAACC